UAUCGGUAGCCCAAAUUUUGCAGGUCAACCAAUUGGUAUGAGGUUUGCGUCGGUAGGGGAUCGAACCCCGGACCAUUCACUUGGUCGGCGAGAGUCCUAACCGCUGUGCAACUGACGCCCCGAAGUUAGCUUCUUCGUCAGUGCAAUAUUCAGAAAAAAUGUUUCAGCUACACUGAAUGCUUACAUGUAGACAUACUGUAUAGAAAAGACUAUAUAUUCUAAUUCACUUUUGGAUGUUUUGGUAUAUAUUCGAUCUUUGGAAAGUUUUGAAGUUGAUUGAAAGCACUCUCAACUGAUGUCUCACCGUUAUCACCAGUGCUAUUUCAUAAUCUGAUCGACGAAAGGUCAGAACACAAACGAAAUCCUGUGGAGUAAGUAACCAUAUGAAAUUGAGGAGUACUAUAUUAUAAAAUGAGUUUUGACCGCGGGUUAUUCAGCCAAUGGAAUGUAUUUAUUAAUUAAUGAAUGAAUGCAUGGAUGAAUGGCAGGAACAAAGAAGCAUUUCUGUUCACCUGCUUUAUUGUUAAGCUAAACAGGUGUAUUUACAUUUGAUAAAAAUCCACAUAGUUGAACUAAAAACCUGAUAAAUUUAGGAGAAGACAGUGCGAGUUUUCAACAUUUUCUCAGUCAAUAUGCACAUGAUAAAAGUAGGAGUUAUGGUGGGGUCGAGGUAGAUUGUUUUCAAAAGGGGUUAUAUAUAUACUCGUUCUACUUAUACAAUGUUUUGUGUAAAUGGUAGUAACUUUUCAAGGGAUUCCACUGCACUAAAUAUAAUAGUUGCUGUCUAGAAAGAAAGUGAAAGCCUCGUAAUUAAACCAUUCAGCUCAGAAAACACAACCACAUCGAAAUCAUCUACCUGAGCUACAAAUCUUCUCUAUUAAUCUAAAAUGGACAAGCUAAUAUGAAAUUAUAUAAGGACAUGUAGGGGACUGUCUAGUGAACUCAAUAACAUAACAAGUAUGUGAAUAAAAAUCCAGGUUAAUGAGAUGAUAGUGUAACAGUAUAUUAUAAAAAAAUGCAGUAAUGAGUUAUAUUAAUUAAACGGGUACUUGGAUAUUCAGUUAAAGUCCAGCACAGAAACGUUCACUGCUGGGGUCGUGUCCACCGGUAGAAGCUGUGUACCGGUUGUAGAAUUCUCUUCGGAUGAGGAUAAGAGGUUCUUGCAGAAAUCCACACGGUUAUGAGUGAAGCAAGUAGACAGUAUAGACCAGUGAGAAGAUGAAGCGACCAACAGUAUAGUGUGUUUUUAGACUGUACUCAGAGGCUAUCUACAUUUCAACAUGAAUCGUUUUAAACAAAAGUCAUUUACAAUGUCUCUAAUUUCAAGAUCUAACAAAAGGGUGUACAAUCAUAUUGUUACGUACUCCACAGACAUUUAUUGAGUAGUUUCACACGACAGGAACUUAUUUUAUAAUCAAGUGAAAUAUAUACAUCGGGAAACUGUUAUUUGAUCAUCAAAAUUUAUCAUAUUACACAUACACACACAUUAUACCGUAAUAAAGAUGGAUUCUUAAAUUUGCGAGGAAAAUAAAUUUAGAAAAGAAAAAAUAAUGUCAACUUAUGAAUACCUUCAUUAAUUUGAAUGAAUAUUUUGCAUCAGAAUUCUGUGACGAUUUCAGGUUUCGAUAGGCUGUUCUGUUAGGUUACUUGUUCACAUUAAAAAAUUCAGCGGAUGACAUUUAAUGCGGAUGGUGAAACGGAAACUGGAGUAGCAUUAGGAUUUGCAUCAGCGACUUCUAGAUUACCAGUUUGGUCAAGGCUUCACUUCACUUUCAAUCGUCACUCAUGACAUCAGUGAUGAUCUACCAACCAAAGAGUAACUCAAGUAGUCUCAACAUCUAAUAAUUUGGUAAAUCUGGCCUAUCAGCAAGUCAGUGUUUUAAUGAUUUUUUUAAAGAAAGUAAUUAACACAGGAAUCUAAUUCUUUUCGUGUCAGACUUUAUGCUAACUUAGUAUACUGUACUUCUGACUAAUACACUAAUAAAACCAAUUCCCAGUUUUAAAAAAAGCUACAGUUUAUUAAACAUGCAUAUACCUGCGGAUAAAAGAAAUAAGAAAUAUGGCUGUAAAUCUAAGCAAACUGAAUUAAUUCAUCUUCAGGUGAUAAUUAAUGCUAGGUGAAUAUUUUAUUUGUCUAUCAAUGCCUUUAGCAGUAACGUUUUUCAUUCUUUGAGUCUCCAGUGGAACUUUAUUACGAGAUAGGGUUACUAGCUUUAUGUCAAGUCUUUCCUCUCUUCCAGGUUCGCUACCAUCUAGAAGACUAGGCGAAUUUUAAGAGUGAAUCGGCUGGAAAUCUAGCCUUAACCUACCAAAUGACUAGUGAGCAAGCAUUCUACGCCAUCGCCUUACAGAGGUGAUGGCAUCAAUUGAUUUAUUCGAAGGUUCAGUCAGAAAAUGCUCAGAUAAGUGUGAUUCAGAGACAAAGAGUAUAAAAAUUCUAAACUUCAAUUAUACAUGUUGUGAUACAGACUACUGUAAUAAUCAUAAGCCUGAGAAUGACAAAACUUGUAGUCCUUCAUGUAUUGUAGAACACAAAACAACAGAUCGGCUUGAUUCCUUAUCAUCGCCAAAUAACACUCCCAGUCAAAAUGAUAAUUCUCUUGAACAGAUAACUGAUGAAAUUACAAAUAAGCUCGAGUGUUCCGAACGUGAUGCUCCUCUGUUAAAAAUUGAUCGUCUUCAGCGUAUUCAAGUUAAGCUAACUGAUAAGCUUGAAUUCUUUCAAGAACAUUGUUAUCAACUUACAGAAGAAUUGAAUAAAAAGAGUAAAAUUAUCCAGUUUUUGUCAUGA